AUGUUCCUCCGCACUGAAAAGAAGAUCUUUGUAUAUGAAAGUGCCUGGAACCUGCUCAAGGUGUUGCAAAAGUGGAAGACCAUGCUUGACGGGAAAGCAAGAAACGAGUGGUAUUGCAAGAGGCAAGUGAAAGUACUACCUCCUUCUCAUUAUAAACGGCCUGAUGGGAUCCAGAAAGAAAAACGCCAGGUCAAGGAUAACGAUUUCUGUCACCAAAAUCUCAAUUUGCUUGAGAAAGCAACCAAGGACGCCGACCAAAGGAUCACCGCGGCAAACCAACUGAACAAAAUUCAAGAGCGGUUUGCUGCCGUCAAAGAGCAGAACUCUGAGCUCAGGGUGAUGUUACAGGACAUCAUGUCUGCUGAUGAUGGACUUUGGGAAUAUCUAUGUGCACGCAGGAAGGAAAUAUUGGGCAAAAUCAGAAACCCUCUGCCCUUGGCCUUGACCUCUGCGAGGUAG